UUAGUUAAUUAGCGUGUCCGCGAGGGAUUUCAGGGAGAAGGAGCAAAGACGCUUGAUUCACUUUCUCAUCAGAGGAGAUUCCUUAGCGUUUGCACGACAAUGUCGUGAAGCUCGAUUCCUUUUUUCUCGGCUUUUUGUUCUCUCGAUCGAAUCGGUCGGAGGGAGCAGUUGUAAUGACGCGGGAUCGGCAGGAGGGCGUGGAGAUCAAGGUGGUGACCCCCCCGCCGCACAAUGCGGCCGGACAGUCGCCGUCCUCGGCGGCGCGUCGCCGGAGAAAUCACUCGGCGUUCUCGGAGUUCAGGCCGUUCAAGCUGUGGGCGCCUUGGCUUGUGCCGGCGUUCGCUGUGGCUAACAUUGUCUUGUUCGCCAUCGCCAUGUAUAUCAACGAUUGCCCCAAAAAUUCGCCGAAUUGUUUCGCUAGGAAAUUGGGGAGAUUCGCUUUUCAACCGAUGAAGGAAAAUCCUCUUCUGGGUCCUUCUGCUUCUACAUUGGAUAAAAUGGGUGCCUUAGAUGUUUCCAUGGUGGUCCAAAAGAAACAGGUGUGGCGGCUGUUCACUUGUAUAUGGCUGCAUGCCGGACUUUUCCAUUUAUUUGCCAAUAUGCUGAGCCUUCUCUUCAUCGGCAUUCGACUUGAGCAAGAAUUUGGAUUUGUACGCAUCGGAAUGCUCUAUAUCAUUUCUGGUUUUGGUGGAAGCUUGUUGUCUUCUCUCUUCAACCGGACUGGUAUCUCUGUUGGUGCAUCUGGAGCACUUUUCGGCUUGCUCGGUGCUAUGCUUUCAGAGCUACUCACGAAUUGGACUAUAUAUGCAAAUAAGUUUGCAGCUCUUCUAACUCUCAUCUUCAUCAUAGCCAUAAAUUUAGCUGUGGGUAUUCUUCCACAUGUAGACAACUUUGCCCAUCUCGGAGGAUUCACAUCCGGCUUUCUUCUAGGUUUCGUAUUCUUAAUCCGUCCUCAGUAUGGAUACUUCGACCAGAAGACUGCACCUCGGAGACAUGCUGCACUGUCUGCUAAGUCGAAACAUAAAACAUAUCAAUAUGUUCUAUGGGUCAUAUCCUUAGUACUUUUGAUAGCCGGAUACACAGCUGGCCUAGUAGUGCUUCUUCGAGGGACAGAUUUGAACAAUCAUUGUUCAUGGUGCCAUUUUCUCAUCUGUAUUCCUACGUCGUUAUGGAGCUGCAUAUCAUCAGAUGUCUACUGUGAGUCGAGACGGAUCAGGAACAGGAUGAACUUGACAUGCAUCACUAAUGGAAGAACAGGGAUGUACACGGUCUCAGGCGACAACCAGUUCCAGUUUCAACAGUUGUGUUCUCAGUUGUGCAGCUGAUACAACUACACAUGCUUUUAUAUAGAGAGGAGGUAAGGAAGGAGUCUCUGUAGAAAGACAUUCAUUUAAUUCUAUCUUGUAUUUCAGUUUUUUUUUUGUUCAUUGUUUGGACAAUUGUUUUCGAAACCAAAACAAAAGAAGAAAUGAAAGUAACGAGUUUGCGUUCA